AUGGAGGGACACAUGUGUCUUCUGUUUGUGGUAUUUGGAGUGUCUGUUCUUGGUCCGUGGGUCUCUGGGUCAGUUGUGGAUGUGAUGGUGAAACCCGGAGACAACAUCACUUUGUUGUGCGACUGCACAUGUUCUACUGGAGUCUACACAGUGUGGUACCGCAACUGCUCUCACACAAACCAGCCCACACUGGUCCUGAAAACUUGGAAAGACAGGUUAUACCCAAUAGAUCAAAAUUACAUAUCAAAAUUGAAUAAUCCACUGCCUGGAUUUAAGUUCGUGAAGGACUCCAGAUCUAAAUGCUACAACCUGCACAUCACUAAUAUCACAGAGAACGAUGGAGGAUCAUACUAUUGUGGAACUAAGACGACUGAAGUUUUGGACAGUGAUAAACUCACACUUGAAUUUGUGUACAACUAUGGAAACACCACAAGAAUAUUAUUGAUUGCAGAGACGAGUGACGGACACCGAGCCCUCUGCACAGCGUCAUGGCCUGGAUGGUUGAUGUCAGUCUCCGUUCUUCUCUUGUGUAACAUCGGCCUCAUUCUGAUGUACCACGUCUGUCGUGAAAAAGAUGUUUACCACCCAGUGCAAGGAAAUCAAACUGCGGCAUUUCAGAUUGCUGAUUUGAAUUUCACACGUGUUGUGUUUAGGACCAAAGACACAAAAACACACUGAGAAAAUGACUGGAAAAGUUGAUCUUUGUCAAAUCUUCUUCUCUCUUCACUUUCCUUCAUUUUCAUUUUUAGUUGUGGCUUUUCGUGCACAUGGUCCAGUCACAUUACAAUUCAAAAUA